AUGGGGGUUCUGCGUCACCGCUGCCGCCCUUCCCGUGAAGGCCCCUUCGACUUGCUCGGUGAACGGGAGCGCAUAUUCUCUGUGCCCCUGAAGGUUUUCACAACCCAGGCGGCUCCCUGGACCCCCGCCAGCUCCAGCUGCUUCCUGCACCGCCGGAGUGCAGCGGGCAGGGAGCGGUGGGUGCCGGAAUGGGGGGCUGCAGCCCUCGCGGCCCCUCCGGGCCCUUUAAAUCCGUCCCUUCGGUCUCGGCGUUCGGCCCGAGUCGCGGCCUCCUCGGCUGCCUCUACCCCUGGCAGCUGGACAAGUGACACAGCCCUCGGCCGGCCUCCGUGCGCCCCCCCACCCGCCUGGGGAGGCAGCGUCCUUGGGAAGGCAAGGCGUGCCGGAGGUCGUCACUGCCGGGACAAGCGAGCGAAGGAGAAAGCGAGCACCAGGCCGCCCAGAAUGCAGCUGCUUCUGGCCUCCCGCAUCAGGCCCCUCUUCAUUUCCUCUACUCGUCAGCUGAAAAACAGAGUCCCAGAAUACCAGAAAUUAUUCCAGGAAGACAACGGCCUGCCGGUGCACCUGAAAGGGGGCACCAAGGACAACAUCCUGUACCGCAUCACCAUGUCCCUGUGCGUCUUCGGUGGUGCCUUCGCGGUCUUUGAGCUCUUCAGACCCAGGAAAUAAAUGGCGAGAACGGCGCUGGCGGGGCUGACCUACAAGCACAGCUGCUCCCCACCCCCCUCCCUGGAAGGGCAGCCCCUUCCCCAGGCCGCUCCGCCGGGUCCUCUUCUGGGGUCUACGGCAGAGGGCAGCAGACACGGGCAGGGGGAGCAACGCGACCGUUGGCUUGAAGGAAAACGUGCUUCCGCGCAGCAUGACUUGGUAAAGAUCCAUCUGUAGACAUUAAACCACAAAUAAAUAAGACUCACAUGUCCUUUAA